AUGCCUUUGCAUGAGCUUGGUCUCCCAAGGAGAGGAUGCUGCCUGGUCUUUGGGUUCAUGUACAAGGAGAAGUAUCGGCGAAUGACUGAAGGUCCAGCAUCUUCCUUCACUCAGCAGCCUCAGGACCAGGUAGUGAUUGCUGGUCAGCCUGUCACCCUCUUGUGUGCAAUUCCAGAAUAUAACGGCAUUGUGCUGUGGAUUAAAGAUGGACUUGCUCUUGGAGUUGGUCGGGAUCUCUCAAGUUACCCGCGCUAUUUGGUUGUGGGGGAUCAUUUAUCUGGGGAGCAUCACUUGAAGAUAUUGAGAGCAGAUCUCCAAGACGAUGCUGUGUAUGAGUGCCAGGCCAUUCAGGCAGCCAUCCGUUCCCGACCAGCCAGACUGACUGUUCUUGUGCCCCCAGAUGAUCCAGUAAUUACUGGGGGGCCCAUCGUUAGCCUAAGAGCUGGAGAUCCCCUGAAUCUGACCUGCCAUGCUGAUAACGCCAAACCAGCAGCGUCCAUUAUUUGGAUGCGGAGAGGAGAAGUCAUCAAUGGAGCAACCUACUCUAAGACAGUCCUCCGUGACGGCAAGCGAGAGAGCAUCAUGAGCACGCUCUUUGUCUCCCCGUCCGACAUCGAGAACGGCCAGACGAUCGUCUGCAGGGCCAGCAACAAAGCCAUUCCCAGUGGGAAGGAGACCUCCGUCACCAUUGACAUUCAACAUCCGCCCCUUGUCAAUCUGUCAGUAGAACCACAGCCUGUGCUUGAAGACAACACCGUGAAGUUCCACUGCUCAGCCAAAGCCAAUCCUGCAGUCACCCAAUACAGGUGGGCCAAAAAGGGACACAUUAUCAAGGAAGCAUCAGGUGACUCUUUCGAGGCCAUUGUUGACCACACCUACUUUUUUGAACCAGUCUCCUGUGAGGUGACAAAUGCCUUGGGAAGUACCAAUAUCAGCAGGACCGUAGACGUCUACUUUGGGCCACGAAUGAUGUCAGAACCACAGUCUCUCCUUGUCGACCUGGGAUCGGACGCUGUAUUUAACUGUGCCUGGAUUGGAAAUCCAUCCCUGACCAUCGUCUGGAUGAAGCGGGGCUCAGGCGUGGUCCUGAGCAACGAGAACACGUUAACCCUAAAAAACGUCCGGCAAGAAGAUGCUGGGAAAUAUGUGUGCCGAGCUGUGGUGCCCCGUGUGGGUGCCGGGGAGCGGGAAGUAACCUUGACUGUCAAUGGACCACCGAUAAUCUCCAGCACACAGACUCAGCAUGCUCUUCACGGGGAAAAGGGCCAGAUCAAAUGCUUUAUCCGCAGCACUCCUCCACCAGACCGAAUUGCCUGGUCCUGGAAGGAGAACGUGCUGGAGUCAGGUACCUCAGGGAGAUACACAGUGGAGACGGUCAGCACAGAUGAAGGCGUGAUCUCCACAUUAACCAUCAGCAACAUUGUACGAGCCGACUUCCAGACCAUUUACAAUUGCACCGCCUGGAACAGCUUUGGUUCAGACACGGAGAUCAUACGUCUGAAAGAGCAAGGUACGGAAAUGAAAUCAGGAGCUGGUAUGGAAGCAGAGUCAGUGCCAAUGGCGGUCAUCAUAGGCGUGGCAGUUGGAGCUGGUGUGGCCUUCUUGGUCCUGAUGGCCACCAUUGUGGCCUUCUGCUGUGCUCGCUCACAGAGAAAUUUGAAAGGUGUGGUUUCAGCCAAGAACGAUAUCCGUGUCGAGAUUGUUCACAAGGAGUCUGCCUCAGGCAGAGAAACCGAGGAACACCCAACGAUCAAGCAGCUGAUGAUGGACAGGAGUGAGUUCCAGCAGGAUUCGGUCCUCAAGCAGCUGGAGGUGCUCAAGGAGGAAGAGAAGGAGUUCCAGAAUUUGAAGGAUCCCACCAACGGGUACUACAGUGUGAACACCUUCAAGGACCACCAUUCCACUCCCACCAUCUCCCUCUCAGGCUGCCAGCCGGACCUGAGACCUGCCAACAAACAGCGCGUGCCGACGGGCAUGUCCUUCACUAACAUCUACACCACCCUGAGCGGGCAGAACCGCCUCUACGACUACAGCCAACGUUUCGUCUUGGGCAUGGGGAGCAGCUCCAUCGAGCUGUGCGAGCGGGAAUUCCAGCGGGGUUCUAUGAGCGACAGCAGCUCCUUCCUGGACACGCAGUGCGACAGCAGCGUCAGCAGCAGCGGCAAGCAGGACGGCUACGUACAGUUCGACAAGGCUAGCAAAGCCUCGGCCUCCUCGUCCCACCAUUCACAGUCCUCCUCCCAAAACUCAGACCCCACCCGGCCCCUGCAGAGGAGAAUGCAGACCCAUGUGUGA